AAUUGCAAAAUCCCUCUGGUUUUCUUCACCGUCUUCGACGCCCUCUCUCUCUCGCUCUAAAAUUCAACCCAGGGAAGGAGGAUAGUAGUAAUUUUGGGGGGAUAUUUCCAUUUUUCUGUAGAAAUCUUGAACUAGUAGUCGCUGGUGUAGUUCCAGACGGCUGAAUUUUGCUUUGUUUUCUCGAGAAAGUGCUGUUUGUGAUUGCGGCAAUGGCGACGAAUAUAGGGAUGAUGGAUGGGGCCUAUUUCGUCGGCAGGAAUGAGAUUCUCGCCUGGGUGAACGCCACGCUUCAGCUUGAUCUGUCUCGAGUCGAAGAGGCGGCGUCCGGGGCCGUACAAUGUCAGAUGAUGGACAUGGUACAUCCCGGAGUUGUCCCGAUGCACAAGGUGAAUUUCGAUGCCAAGACCGAGUACGACAUGAUCCAGAACUACAAAGUGCUUCAGGAUGUCUUCAACAAACUCAAAAUCAGCAAGCAUGUCGAAGUCAACAAACUUAUCAAGGGGAGGCCUCUUGACAACCUCGAGUUUCUGCAAUGGCUGAAACGCUAUUGCGAUUCCGUUAACGGCGGCAUCAUGAACGAGAAUUACAAUCCGGUGGCGCGUCGAACGAAGGGUGGUCGGGAGAAAACUGUCAGGACAUCUCAGAAAAACCCGAAGUCGUUGCAAACGAGCAACUCCUUUAACUCGAGUGUCUGCGACGGAAAUGGAAUUGUUAGCAACAAGAUUCCCGGUACGAAGCAAGGGAAACCGGCCGGGGAAGCUCCGACGGCCGACUCUUCGGCGCAGAUUCGAGGAUUAACAAAUGAGAUCACGGAGCUGAAGCUGUCAGUCGAUCUAUUGGAGAACGAAAGGGAUUUCUACUUUGCGAAGCUGAGGGACAUCGAAAUCCUCUGUCAGACGCCGCAGUUGGAGAAUCUCCCGAUGGCCGUGGCGAUCAAGAAGAUACUAUACUCCGCCGACGUGAAGGAGCCUGCAGCGAUUGCCGAAGCUCGGGACGUCGUCGUGGUUGGAGAAACUGAAUCGAUCAUUUGAGGAUUAAAUAUUUGUAGGAGAAAUUGUGUGGUUUUGAAGCUCUUGAAGCUAAGGUAGCUGUGAUUUGGGAACAGGUGCGUCCAUGAGAAAUUUUUUUUUUUAAAAAAAAAAAAAAAGUUAUUAGAAUUUUGCCUAAAUGAUUUUCAAUUUUGUUUUUAUAUUAUUGCG